UAGGAGCCGCGGCGGUAGAAGCAGCAGCAGCACUAUCAGUCAGAGCACAGGCAGCAGCGGCAGCGGCAGCAGCAACAAACUCUCUCCUGUCUCUUUCUCUUCUUUGUGGAGUUGUUUCCUGCUCGGAGGACAAAAGCCAAGGAAGUGGGAGUGAAGUGAUCCGGGGCUGAUAGCUGCCAUUAAAAUAAUACCAAAACGCAGACCUGGCUGCCCCCAUGCCUAUCGAAUUUGUUUGCAAAAUCAAAUUUGCAGAGGAGGAUGAGAAGCAGAAAAGCAAGCAGGAUGGGGACAAGGAGAGCCUGAUCGAGGAGAGCUGCACGCCUCCAGCCAAGGACUUGGCCGGGUUUGCUAACUCCUGCUCCCUCCAUGGGAUUAACCACAUCUUUGUGUCUGGUCGCCUGGGCAUCCGGCAGACUCUCUGGGCUCUCGCCUUUUUGACUUCCCUGGCACUGUUUCUGUACCAAGCAGCUAAGUGUGCCAUCUCUUACCUGGAGCACCCUCAUGUCACAGCUCUCAACGAGGAGGCAACCCCCGAGAUGGUUUUCCCCGCUGUGACCAUCUGCAACAUCAACCGCUUUCGCUUCUCCGCACUCACUGAUGCCGACAUCUACCACCUGGCAAACUUGACAGGUCUGCCCCCCAAAAACAGGGAUGGGCACAAACCCACUGAUUUAAUGUAUCCUGCCCCUGAUAUGCAGGACAUCUUCAACAGGACGGGACAUCAGCUAGAAGAGAUGCUCAUGAGCUGCAAUUUCAGCGGACAGAACUGCUCGGCCGAGGACUUCUCUGUGGUUUACACCAGAUAUGGGAAAUGCUACACUUUUAAUGGCAACAAAACCACAUCCAGGAAAACCAAGCAGGGCGGAAUGGGAAAUGGUCUGGAGAUCAUGCUGGAUAUACAGCAGGAUGAGUAUCUGCCCAUCUGGAGAGAGACAAAUGAGACGUCCCUGGAGGCCGGCAUACGAGUUCAGAUCCACAGUCAAGACGAGCCUCCCUACAUCCACCAGCUGGGCUUCGGCGUCUCUCCGGGCUUCCAGACCUUUGUUUCAUGUCAGGAGCAGAGGCUGACCUACCUGCCCCAGCCCUGGGGGAACUGCCGCUCCACCAGCAAGGAGAAGUUCCCAGGAUACGACACAUACAGCAUCAGCGCCUGUCGUUUGCUCUGCGAGACCAACGAGGUCCUGCGAGUCUGCAACUGCAGAAUGGUGCACAUGCCUGGAACCGCAGAUAUCUGCCCGCCCAGUAAAAUCUACUGUGUUGACAAAGCACUCGCACAGCAACAGAAGAACACCGGGGAAAGCUGUCCAUGCGAGACGCCCUGUAAUCUCACCCGCUACGGUAAAGAGCUCUCCAUGGUUAAAAUCCCCAGCAAGGGCUCGGCUCGCUAUCUCUCCAGGAAAUACGACAAGACGGAGGACUACAUCAGAGACAACUUCCUGGUCUUGGACAUCUUCUUUGAAGCGCUGAACUAUGAAACAAUUGAGCAGAAGAAAGCCUACGAUGUUGCAGGUUUAUUAGGUGACAUCGGGGGACAGAUGGGCUUAUUCAUCGGCGCCAGCAUCCUGACAAUCUUAGAAAUCCUGGAUUAUAUAUAUGAGGGGAUCAAGCAGCGGCUACGGCGUCUGCUGCGGCCGCCGAAAGAGGAGAAGAAGAGCAAGCCGCAGACCAGCACUGUAGCAACAGUGGGCCUGGAGGAAAUGAAAGCAAAGCAGGAACCUCAUGACGUGACUCGGACUCACCCAGAGGGGGCGUACGCCAACACGAUUCUCCCCAAUCACCACCUCCCUCACCACCAUCACACUGGGCACCACGGCGUGUUUGAGGACUUCGCUUGCUAGAGCCCAACCAUCGUUUCCAGUCCUGGUGACAACAAAAGAUAUGAGCUGCCUGUGAGAUUCAUCACAGAGCCUCGGCGUCUUCGCCAUUCCUUUGCUGUCACCAGUGAAGAGCUACAGCCAAAGUCAGACAGCCGAGCUGUGCUGCUAACAAACCACUUGUAUGUGCAGUAUGUAGGCACAAAAUGGACACAGCUUUUUUCUGUCCUCUCUUUCUUUCUCUCCUUCUCUCUCCCUCCCCCUCUCUGGAUGGGACCCCUCUCAGCGUUGUCCUGCUUCACGUAAGAAGUCCAGGCGAUUUGUGAUUUGAGGACCAGUUUUCGGUACAUGAUCACUUCAAGGGAACAAGCGGAGGACUGCAUGUCACCUUGAUCCAGUUUAUAAUCCAAAAAAAAAAGGGAAAUAUGAUUUAUUUAUUCAGCUAACGUCUCUUUUUUUUCUGUCUGAAUCCCUCCGCCAUCUCUUCUUAAACUAUUCCUCCUCUUUCUUGGAUUAGAAAACACACUGUAUCAUACCAAUUCAUCUCACAUUAUAAAUUAUGUAAUUAUUUAAAGAGAAACUAUUAUCUAUAUGUUCUAUAUUGUAUACGAGAUGAGAAUACUUGAGUAAGCAAAUCUUCUUCGUGUUAAAUCCAUCAAAAAGUACGAGGGGGGGGAUAGAACGUGCUAGAAGCAUCUUUCCACAUGAUACACUUUGUCUGGUUGUGGUUGAGGUGUUAGACAGUAGCACUGUACUUGUACAUAAAGUCCAACUUUAAAAUGAGAAAGUUCUAAAAGUUCUGUUUGAAUCGUUGUUGUUUAUAUUCAGUUGAUAUAUGACUUAGGUAAGUUUAAUUUUAGUCAUUUAUGCAUUUUAGGGAAAAGACUUUUGUACGACAAUAGGAAUCACGAUUGUAGCAAUUUCUGUACACUUAAAUUCUGCAGAUAUGUCAGACUGCCACGCAUCAGUAAGUUUGCCUGGGUGACAAAAAAAAACAAAACUGUACGGAUCAUGUCUAUUAUUCACCUUCUGUUUAUGUGUUACCUGAACAUUUUAACAUACAAGUCGGCUGCAUAUGGACGAGGAACGGGUGAUAGUUUCCAUUAUAACUUAUUCCAAUCAUUUCUCACUUUUGCUAGCAUCAUAACUUUAGGCUGACUGAAGCAAUAAGAAAUAUAUUUUUUUGCCAAGUCAUCUUCCUCAGCCGUGGGCCAGAACCACUGUAAAAGCGUAGCAGCCAUUUACAGUGUCGACCUGGCAUCUGUGUGUGUUUGUCUGCAUGUGCACUUUAACAUUUUGCACACAAGACUGAGCACAUUGGACCGACGCCGCUCGGCCGAGCUGAGCCAUGAAAGGAGGCGGUUGUAGAAUCAGAAUAGUUAGAAAGGAAGCUCGGAGAGUUUUAUUGCAGCCGAACAGUUUCUAUCUUCUAUAAUAAAUCUAGUUCCACGGCCGCAGAGAGGAGUGUUGUGCAAACAGUAAACUCUGGAGGCUGAAAUAUUCUUAUUGGUUUACUUAAGGCUAAAAGGGCGAGACAAGGACGCCACGAAUUUUAAGAGCACAAGGUUCACAAAGUGUGAAUAAAAAAAGAAACCUUGCAUUUAUUCAGUCAUUAUAAUAGUUGUUAUCAUGAUGGAAGGUCGGCUUGUUCUCAAGCAGCUGUUUUCCACCGCAUGAAGUGAACACCCUCUCACAAUGAGCAUCAGGUCACCAGGUCUUUUAAGAACUUGUGAUGAUUUGGUUCAGGGUUUGAGUGGAUUUUCACUUUUAAAAGGCAACAAUAACAACUAUACUAUUGUAAUCUAUGUGUAAAUGGCUGUGAGGAAGACAACAAUGAAAGAAGUGAUGAAGAAAGUAAGACAACGACCAGCACAAGCCCGUUUUUCUGUUGUCCUGCUUCAUAUAGAUGCAGUAGUGAAAUGAAAGUUGCUGUUGUUGCGGUUGUUGUUGUGAUGUGACAAAACAUCUGAUUGAUCAUUUAUAAUCAUCAGCUCAGCAAAACCUAAAGCCAGAGGUAAACACUUCCAGUUUAUUUGUGCGUUUGCAGCAACUAGAAGCAUUUGUGUGAGCGUAAUUCUUCACAUACUUGCUGUGCAUUCCACUAGAGGGCACACCACAUAACUUAGACCCAUAGACUGUAUAUAAAGAUGGAGCAUCAGUGUGAUAAGAUCUACCUUAAAAUGACAUAAACAUAUUUAUUUGGCAAGUAAUUUGAC